UGUGUGCUUUUCUCCGGCUAUAACCAAAAACAAAGUAGCCAAAAUGUUUUUAAAAAACAUUGUUCAUUUAAAUUUACGAACACAAAGCAUUGGCAUUCGAUUAAAAUCAACGUAUCUAAAAAUAAAAGAUGUGAACAACAGUCACGUUGGAAAUACCAUACAAAUUAAAGGAUGGGUGAAUAACUUUCGAAAACAGAAAAAAAUGAUUUUUCUGGACUUAAAAGAUGGUUCAACGAAUGAGCAUCUGCAAGUAAUGGUCGAUCGUGAAACAUAUCACCAAAAUCCGGGACUGGGCUACGGUGCGGGUGUAGUAAUCAGCGGAAUAGUCGGAACAGCGCCGCGUGGACAUUUGGAAUUACGCGCCGAAACACUUCAAUUGAAUGGAACGUGUCCAACUGAAGAUGGAAUUUAUCCAUUUGUCCGUAAACAAACACAUUCACCCGAUUACAUUCGAGAUCAUUUACAUUUUCGCGGCCAUACAAAUCAAUUCCAGUCGAUUUUCCGCGCACGACAUUUGGCCACGCAUGCAUUUCAUCGGUAUUUCGUCGAAAAUGGAUUCUGUUACAUACACACACCGAUACUCACCACAAAUACGUGUGAAGGAGCCUGUGAAUUAUUUACAGUUAGGCCACUAAAUGAAGAACUGUUGGAAUCCAUGCAGAGUAAAACGACACCAAAACUCAAAGACGACAUUUACUUCAAUCAGAAGACCUUUUUGACCAUUUCUGGCCAAAUGCACUUGGAAGCGAUGUGUUUUCGCUUAGGAUCGGUUUACAAUUUUGGUCCGAUAUUUCGUGCAGAGAAUUCACGUGGUCCGAUUCAUAUGAGUGAGUUUUAUAUGAUUGAGGCCGAAGAGAGUUUUGUUGAAAGUAUUGAAGACGUCACAAAUCGCAUUGAAUCAACAAUUAAAAGUGUUACGAAGCAAUUGUUGGAUGAAAAUGCAAAAGAAAUACACGACGCACACAAUGCGUACAGAGCCAGUUUGGAAGAUCAAACCGAAAGUCAGAGUUUAGAGGAACGUCUCAAUUGGAUUGAAAAACCGUUUGAGACAAUUACUUAUGCGGAGGCCGCAGAAAUAUUGCAAAAACAUUACAAUUCAAGUGCAAAUGAUGGAUUGUCGAAAAGUGACGAAUUGACGCUGGUGAAACACUUUGGUAAACCAGUAUUUGUUGUGAAUUGGCCGAGAGAGUUGAAAGCAUUCUAUAUGAGGAGAUGUAAACACGACCAACAAUUGGUUGAAGCUAUUGACUUGUUGAUGCCACAUGUUGGGGAAUUGGCCGGUGGCAGUGUACGUGAAGAUAAUUAUGACAUCUUGAAAUCAUCAAUGCCAGACGAUUUGCAAUGGUAUUUGGAUCUUCGAAAGUAUGGUGGUUGCACAACGGGCGGGUUUGGUAUCGGUUUUGAUCGGUAUUUACAAGUAUUGCUUGGCGUUAGCAACAUAAAGGACACCAUACCGUUUCCACGGUGGCCACAUAAUUGCCGCAUGUAGUUUAUGAUAUUUUUCUAGCCAUAAAAUGAAAUUUUAGUCAAAUAUAACGAGAAUUGAUUCAUAAAUGAAA